GGCUGGCCCGGGAGCUGCGCGCUGGGCCCAGGAGGGUCAGUACCCGCACGGGUCUAAUCCAGGGCCCCUUGAAAGGCCACCUGCACGCGCCCUCAGGUUGCCGCAUCCUGAGCACUCGGGGACCCAGGGACGCCCGUCUGGGGGCGGCGGCCUCGCUGCGGAGCCGCCCACGCCGCGCUCCAGGAGCUGCAGUCAGCAGGAUGGGUAUUGGGACAUGCUGAUCUCCCCUUGAGACAGCUCUGCCGGCCAUGAGGUCUGCCACUCACAGCCAUCAGCGACAGUCUGCAUUGUAGAGUGAAAGCAGCCACAGACAACAAGCCACUGAAUAAUCUGACCACCCUGCUCACUGCCGGAUGACACGUGCUUUGCCCAUGGCCUUGGCCAGCAGGCGUCCCAGCCAUGGAGGACUGCAACGUGCACUCGGCUGCCAGCAUCCUGGCCUCGGUGAAGGAGCAGGAAGCUCGCUUCGAGCGGCUGACAUGGGCACUAGAGCAGGAGCGGCGCCAUGUUGCCCUGCAGCUGGAGCGUGCCCAGCAGCCUGGUGUGGGCAGUGGUGGCGUGGGCAGUGGGCAGCCCCUGCCGAUGGCUUGGCAACAGCUGGUCUUGCAGGAGCAGAGCCCAGGCAGCCAGGUCUCACUGGCCACAAUGCCAGAGGCACCUGAGGUGCUAGAGGAGACAGUGACAGUGGAGGAGGACCCUGGCACACCCACCUCGCAUGUGUCCAUCGUCAUGUCGGAAGAUGGCACUACAAGGCGCACGGAGACCAAGGUCACCAAGACAGUCAAGACAGUGACCACACGGACAGUGCGCCAGGUGCCUAUGGGCCCAGACGGCCUCCCCAUCCUGGAUGGUGGCCCUCCGCUGGGGCACUUUGCUGAUGGCCCCCUGGACCGGCACUUCCUGCUGCGUGGGGGUGGCCCAGCUGCCACGCUCUCUCGAACCUACCUCAGCAGUGGGAUUGGCUUUCCUGACAGUCCGGAGCCCCGUGACGUCCCGAGCUAUGGCAGCCUGUCCCGUGGGCUGGGGGUGCGGCCCCCUCGUGGUGGCCCCCUUGGCCCAGGGCCCGGGGAUGGCUGCUUCACACUGCCUGGCCGCCGUGAAGCCUUCACUGAGGGCCCUGAGCCUGUGCCGCCGGCCAGCCGCUCCCAGCCUGAGCGCUUCCAGGCAGAGCCAUAUGGCUUGGAGGACGACACACGCAGCCUGGCUGCCGAUGAUGGGGGCGGCCCGGAGCUGGAAGCUGACUAUGGCACGGCCACGAGGAGGAGGCCUGACUGUGGGCGGGGCCUUCGCACUAGGGCCUACGAGGACGUGGCAGACGAUAGCGGUGAGAUGAUGGAAGAGAGGCCCCCGUUCCCAGCCACAACAGCUCCCCUGGCCCAGCCAGAACGGGGCAGCCUGGGCAGCCUGGACCGGGUGGUGCGGCACUCGCCCUCUGUGGACAGUGCCCGCAAGGAGCCACGGUGGCGGGACCCUGAGCUGCCCGAGGUCCUGGCCAUGCUGCGGCAUCCCGUGGACCCUGUGAAGGCCAACGCGGCUGCCUACCUGCAGCACCUGUGCUUUGAGAAUGAGGGUGUCAAGCGCCGCGUGAGGCAGCUGCGGGGACUGCCGCUGCUUGUGGCUCUGCUGGACCACCCAAGGGCAGAGGUGCGGCGCCGGGCCUGCGGGGCCCUGAGAAACCUUUCCUAUGGCCGAGACACUGACAACAAGGCCGCCAUCCGGGACUGCGGCGGCGUGCCGGCCCUGGUGCGCCUGCUGCGGGCUGCCCGGGACAACGAGGUCCGAGAGCUCGUCACAGGCACACUCUGGAACCUGUCAUCCUACGAGCCCCUGAAGAUGGUCAUCAUUGACCAUGGCCUACAGACACUGACUCACGAGGUCAUUGUGCCCCACUCGGGCUGGGAGCGAGAGCCCAAUGAGGACUCCAAGCCACGGGAUGCUGAGUGGACGACUGUCUUCAAGAACACAUCAGGCUGCUUGAGGAACGUGAGCUCAGAUGGUGCAGAGGCCCGGCGGCGACUUCGGGAGUGUGAAGGGCUGGUGGACGCGCUCCUGCAUGCCCUGCAGUCAGCUGUGGGCAGGAAGGACACGGACAACAAGUCGGUGGAGAACUGCGUCUGCAUCAUGCGGAACCUGUCCUACCAUGUGCACAAGGAGGUGCCCGGGGCCGACAGGUACCAGGAGGCGGAGCCUGGGCCCCCGGGCAGUACUGCAGGCUCCCAGCACCGGAGGCGGGAUGACGCUGGCUGCUUCGGUGGCAAGAAGGCCAAAGGUGUGCAGUGGGAAGCUGAGACGCCCUGGGCAGGCUCGGGGGGUGCUGCCCGCUCAGGCUCGUCUCCUUUCUCCUGUGCUUCCUCCGGCCGCCCAGAGGACUGGUUCCAUCAAGGGAAGAAGGAUGGUGAGAUGGACCGAAACUUCGACACACUGGACCUGCCCAAGAGAACUGAGGCUGCCAAGGGCUUUGAGCUGCUGUACCAGCCCGAGGUGGUGCGUCUCUACCUCUCCCUCCUCACGGAGAGCCGGAACUUCAACACCCUGGAGGCUGCAGCCGGUGCCCUGCAGAACCUCAGUGCUGGCAACUGGAUGUGGGCCACGUACAUUCGCGCCACCGUGCGCAAGGAGCGCGGGCUGCCGGUGCUGGUGGAACUGCUGCAGUCCGAGACCGACAAGGUGGUGCGCGCUGUCGCCAUCGCUUUGCGCAACCUUUCGCUGGACCGACGCAACAAGGACCUCAUUGGGAGCUACGCCAUGGCUGAGCUGGUGCGGAAUGUGCGCAAUGCGCAGGCUCCAGCACGACCUGGGGCCCACUUGGAGGAGGACACGGUGGUGGCCGUGCUCAACACCAUCCACGAGAUCGUGUCGGACAGCCUGGACAACGCACGCUCGCUGCUGCAGGCCCGUGGUGUGCCGGCGCUGGUGGCCCUUGGUGCCUCCAGCCAAUCAGUGCGAGAGGCGAAGGCCGCGUCCCACGUGCUGCAGACAGUGUGGAGCUACAAGGAGCUGCGUGGUGCCCUGCAAAAGGAUGGCUGGACCAAGACACGCUUCCAGUCGGCUGCCGCUAAUGCCAAGGGGCCCAAGGCAGCACUGAGUUCUGGAGGCUUUGAUGACAGCACACUGCCGCUGGUGGACAAGAGCCUCGAUGGCGAGAAGCCAGGCAGCCGGGACGUGAUCCCUAUGGAGGCUCUUGGCCCAGAUGGAUACACUACGGUAGACCAGAGGGAGUGGAGGGCUCGAGGCAGUGCCCCUGCGGGGGACAUCUCUGAGAAGGAGCCUUUAAAACCUGACCCCAGCAGGAAGGCUCCUCCGGGGCCCAGCCGGCCCGCGGUCAGGCUGGUGGACGCUGUGGGGGACGCUAAGCCUCAGCCCGUUGACUCCUGGGUCUAGCUUGCAUGCCUGGGCUUGGGCCCAGCCUUUCAUUCUUAGGGAUCUGAUCGUGGGAAGAAGGGAACUCCAGGGCCGGCCUACACAGACCCUGCGUGGAACUUGGAGCCCCCUGGUGGCAGGGCUCAGCAGCGCCUCUGCACCAGAUCCAAGGCUGGACUUUCUGGACCUGCCUACCUUCCCACCCCCUGGCUCCCUCCCUCCUAACUCCCUAGACAGAGUUAGCUGUUUACUG